UCUAUUCUCGCAAAGAUAUGUAGACACAAAAGGAACUACAACUCGAAAGGCAAUCAAUGUCACGUUUGGGUACAAAUGGUGCAUACUACACCUAAUUUGUCGAACAGAUACACAAGAAGCACAAAGAUUGGACGCUGCAGCAAUAGGCAAUAUUGUAGAGCCAUCCAUGGAAACAACAAAAACCCGCCCUGUGAACAACGUUUUAUCACACCCUGCAUGAAAAGUAGAGAGGUGUUCAAGUCAUUUGGGGGGAAACAAGUUCUCUGCGACACAGAAACUGACUGUGGUGCGUGGAUCAUUAUGCAGCGUAGAUUCAAGUUUGAUGUGAAUUUCAAAAGAACCUGGGCCGAUUACAAAAAUGGAUUUGGCUCAUUGGAUGGAGACUUUUGGCUUGGGAAUGAUCUGAUUUCACAACUAACUCAUGCGGUUUGUUUGUAGUCCGAUUGUGUAUUUUGUUCGUUUUAUUUUUCUGUAGAUUUAUGUAUUGUUAAUUUUUUUUUUAAAUUUUAUUUUUAAGUGAUUUGUUUUUUAAUUCUUUUCGAGAAGUAGGCUCUGCCCUUCAUUGUAACAACGUUUAUUUGUAGUUAAUUAUCUUUUGUUUUUUUUUUAUAUUUUAGACU